UUUUUAAUAGAAGUGAUGUCGAAUCAUUAGAAACUCAAGUUCAAGCCCGUUUGUCCCUAUUACCAUCUGGUGCAACUAGUACACCUCGCCGGUUUCUUAGAUUUUGCCCCACCCAAAGAGGAUAUGUAAAUGCACAUCCUCAUACUAAUCUUUAUCCUCUUUACAGUAUUAAUCCUGAUCAAAAUAAUAUUCAUAUACUUGUAGAACAAUUACCAGGAUCAGA